AUGAGUCGGCGGCCAAGAGUACACAAUCCCGACAAGAAGACACUCAAGGUCUUCCAAGCGAAUGUGGGCAAGAUCCCGCCAGCCCACGAUUGCGCUUUGGCACUGGCUGACUCCGCCAAAUAUGACAUCGUCCUUCUCCAAGAACCCUGGACAGAGGCAAAGAACUCAAGAUGCCUAACCAAAACUCACCCAGCCUACGACACCUACUCACCCGUCGACAGCUGGGAUAGCAAUGACACGCGGCCGAGGGUCAUGACAUACAUCCACAUCCUGUGGCUUACGGUGAACGGCGUCACAAUCGUCAACUUCUACCGCCAACCGCACUAUGACGUCUCCUUGGACGUGCUGCUGCGGUGGUCGGCACCAGAAAAGACCCUUGUGGCUGGUGACUUCAAUGCUAAGCAUUACACCUGGCAAACGGGACGACUGGAGGGCCGUGGGGAGGACAUUGCCACCUGGGCGGCCGAAAACGGACUGAAUCUUUUGAAUACGGCGGACGAGCCGACAAACCCUCAUGGCAACACAAUCGACUUGGCUUUCUCCAACAUCGCUUUGGCGUCUGCGGUUGUGGAAGACCAUCUCGCCACGAGCUCGGACCACUUCACUCUAAGUCUCAUACUUCCCGAUCUUAGCCUGAGCCUACCACAGGUGACGGGCAAAGUGCGUGUCACGACCGACGAUGAACUGAAACGCUUCAAGGAACUCGUUGCCGCAGGAGCUUGUGAAAUACCAACGGACACGGCAACAGCCUCGCAGCUUGACGCACUCGCCGCGGCGCUUGUUGACCUCCUUCAAUCGGCUGCCAGAAGUGCCGGCCGCCCCGUACGGAAAGGAACGCGAAGUGCGCCGUGGUGGACCGACGAAUGCGCCGAAGCCGCUGCGGAGUACCGCGCCAUACGAAGAAGCCUCCCUUUGGGGUUCAGCCAGGAAAUCCAACUAGCAAGAAGAGAUUUUCAGCGUGUGGUCCGCCGUGCUAAGCGGCAGUACUGGCGCAACCUCAUCGACGGCUUCUCGGAUAGCGCAUCGAUUUACAAGGCAGUCCGGUGGCUCAAAUCGCCGGGAGCUUUCCAGCCCCCACCGCUUCAAAUCGGUGACGUUGUAUACGAGACCCAGCUGGAAAAAGCGAACGCGCUGAGACGCAGCACUCUUGAACGCCGUACGGCGGCGGAUGACACUGCGGACCCAUGGAUCCCGGUCCAACCAGCCCGCAAGAUACCUUUUGCUCAAGAAGUCACGCUGGAAGAAGCAGAGGACGCCACAAUCAAGACGGGUAAUACCUCGCCCGGAGCCGACAACAUCACGGUCAAGCUGCUGCAAGCAGUAUGGGACAUCGUUAGGGGACACCAAGCCGGCGCUCUCCCAAAACGGUCUGCCGUUGACCUGGUCGCCGCGCUGAUUCAUGACAUCGAAGAAGCGUUCGCACGUGGACAGGUGGCCACAUUGGUCACAGCAGACAUCCAAGGAGCCUUCGACACCGCCAUGUGCAACAGGCUUGUCCUGAGGCUCCGUGAGCAAGGCUGGCCGGACAAUCUAGCGCGGUGGACAGGCUCGUUCAUGAGCGGCCGAUCCGCAAGAGUCAGAUACCAAGACAUCACGACACCGACAACGCCACUGCAGUGCGGCCUCCCACAGGGCUCACCCGUGUCGCCGAUCUUGUUUCUGCUCUACACCGAAGCGAUCUAUCGGCUAGGCAAUCCCGAAGGACGGUUCGGAUACGCGGAUGACACCGCCAUUCUCUGCGUCGGACAAUCGCUGGAGCAGACAUCGCAAAAGGCGUCGGAAUACCUUCAAGAACUCGUGAACUGGGGCGCCGCCAACGGCAUCUCAUUCGAUCCAGAAAAGACAGAAGUCAUGCACUUCUCGCCGAGGAGGCGGGAAACCAAGCCGCCCGUCCGCCACGGUGACAUGGAGAAGCGACCAGAAACAGCCAUGCGCUGGCUAGGCCUCUGGCUGGACAGGAAGUUGACAUUCAAGACCCAUGUCGAAAAGUGGACGGCCAAGGCCCAAGCGGUCGCCAACCAUAUCCGGAGCCUAGGGAACACCCGGCGGGGCGCUCUGCCGCGCGCUAUGCAGCGGGCCGUUAGAGCCUGUGUCGAACCGAUUCUGCUCUUCGGCGUCGAAGCCUGCUUCUGCGGAAAAUGA